AUGUACUAUGUAGACAUCAAAGUGUUCACAGAUCAGGAAACCUUCCAUUUAAUGGGCAAGUCUAUGCUUGUUUUCAUCGAGAUGCUGGUUGCCUAUUAUUCUUCUUACGUUUUGGGGGAUAUAAAUUUGUCUAUUUCAGAAAUCUUUUUACUUGCUGCUCAUUUGUUUGCUCAUACUGUUAAUUUUGCAGGUAAAGAACAUGCUCUUGUUAUAUGCAACCACAAAAGUGACAUUGAUUGGCUUGUCGGAUGGGUUUUGGCACAGCGAGCGGGAUGCUUGGGAAGUACAUUAGCUGUCAUGAAAAAAUCAUCAAAAUUCCUUCCGUCAGGUCUUCAACGGCUAAAGGACUUUCCUCGUCCAUUUUGGCUGGCUCUUUUUGUGGAAGGAACUCGCUUUACUCAGGCAAAGCUUUUAGCAGCUCAGGAAUAUGCAGCUUCUCAAGGGCUGCCAAUCCCAAGAAAUGUUUUGAUUCCUCGUACGAAGGGAUUUGUUUCGGCAGUAAGUAAUAUGCGCUCAUUUGUACCAGCCAUAUAUGAUAUAACAUUGGCUAUCCCAAAAAGCUCUCCUCCUCCUACUAUGCUUAACCUCUUCCAGGGGAAGUCUUCUGUGGUACACAUACACAUAAAGCGGCAUUUGAUGAAGGAAUUGCCCGAAACAUAUGAUGGUGUUGCACAAUGGUGUAAAGAUAUUUUUGUGGCGAAGGAUGCAUUGCUGGACAAGCAUAUGGCUGAGGACACCUUCAGUGACAAAGAAUUGCAGGAUAUGGGUCGACCAAAGAAGUCUCUUGUGGUCGUUGUCUCUUGGGCAUGCCUCCUUAUUUUUGGGGCCCUGAAAUUCCUUCAACGAUCUUUACUUUUGUCAUCUCAGAAGGGUAUAGCAUUAACAGCGUCUGGUUUGGCCAUUGUCACUUUCCUAAUGCACAUCUUGAUUCGAUCUUCUCAGUCAGAGCAUUCGACACCUGCCAAGGUUGCGCCAUCUAAGCCCAAGGAUGAAGAAAAACCUUCAGAGACACGAGAUGACAAACACCACUGA